AUGUUGGGAUUUCUUUGGCCUUCAGUUGUGGAGGUGGAUGCUGGUGGGUCGGAGGAGGGCUGGUGUGUACCAGCAGUUAUGAGUGCAUUCUCAGAGAAAGGGGAAGAGAAAGAGAAGGCUGCGAAAGAAGCUAGAGAAAAUCUCAAGAUUCUGGAAAGUGGACUAAAGGAAAAGCAUUUCUUUGGAGGUGAAAGCAUAGGCUUCGUGGACAUAGCUGCAGGGUGGAUUGGAGUAUGGGCUAGAAUGGUUGAGAAAAUUGCAGAAGUAAAUCUAAUUGAUACCGAGACGACGCCUCUGCUUGAUGCUUGGUUCAGAAGAGUCCUUGAAGUUCCAAUUAUAAAAGAGCCUGCCACCUCAAGAUAA